CUUACUUUUAUUCUACCUGCUUCCCUUACGCUGUUAGAGGCAUAAAAUGGCCACGGCCACGCAUCGUGCAGUGCUGAUUGCCGGGACGGCUGGUGGCAUCGGCUUCAGCAGCUACUACUUCGGGCAGCUUAAAGAGGUGCAGAAGUAUGAGAAGGACAAGAAGGACAUUGAGAAGCUGAUUGAUUCAGAGCGCAAGCGGCUGGCUCAGUCCUCGAAGGCGCAGUCGGAGCAGGAGCAGCGCGUUUCAGAGGUUGACAGCCAAGUGCGCGAGGGUCAGAAGGCCGUUCAGGAGCUGGAGGUUAAGCUGGACGCUGCUCGCAAGCAGGUUGAGCAGCUGGAGCAGCAACUGAAGGGCAAGAGCACCGAGCUGAAGUCGAAGCAGGCGGACCUUGUUUCGGCCCAGUCUCGCCUUGCCGAGCUGCGUGCCGAUGCGGAGCGGGCGAAGCAGUCCUUCACGAUGGGGGAGAAGUCGUUGGCUCUUGCUAACCAGAAGAUUGCGGAGGCCAAGCUCCUCACAAACCCGCUCAACCACCCGAAGAUUCGCUCCUUCAUGGGGAAGAAGUAAGCGGGGCGCCUUUUGCGUAUUCUUUCACAAUUUUAUACGCAGCAUUUGCGCUUCUUUGUGCUAGCCGGCGGGCACGAUGCGGCCCUGGGGUCGGUGCCAUCGCGGCGCUGUGCAUACCAGGCUUAGCUUCUUGAUAAUUGCUGGUUACAGUAGCUGAUGAAUACAGCUGAGCUUGUGCGUUGGUAAGUUAGUUACGCGUGUGGCUGAAGGGCUUCAUCGUAGCGGACAAUUGUGCAGCGGAGGCAGGCGACUGCGCGCGGCGUGCACUCUAUGUCUAUCAUUCCAUUACGCAGUAACGUUGUAUGUUCGUUGGAAUGCUUUGGGCACACCAUGUGGGGACAGCGGCUCCUUGUGCACUGCUGGACCUGCUGCGGCACCAGUUUGCACCGUAGGGUGAGAUGUAGUGAGUUGCGAUGUGUUGAGGGCGCGCCUACUGGGAAGUAAGGAGAACGCUUCCAUGCAUCAGGAAGAUGGUUAUUACCGGCGAUAGCAAGCGAAGGUGCAGCCGGGUUUUGAGGCACAGAGUUCCUGCUUAGGGGGUGCUUUGGAAGUUAAGGCUGUUCACGAGGUCGUUGGAUAACGGUAGAGAGGUGAACAGGUGGUUUGGCCGCAAGUGCUGCUCGGGUCUUGCCGCUUGGGAUUGACUAACGGUCAUCUGUGGGCACAGCUAUUGAUGAGCAUGGCUGUGCGCGGCCGCAUGCUACGCCCUUGCUUGGCUCCCCUGCUGGGCCAUACGCGGUUUAGGGGGAGGCACUCCGCAUGGGCUGUUUGGUUGUGCUAGAUUAUGCAAAGCGCACCUACAGUUGUUCCCCGUACGCGUGCCUCCCAUGUGUGCCGUCUCAAGACUGCGCUGUGUUGUGGCAUAUGCUAGGCAGUGAGGAGAGGACAAUGGAGGCGUAGAAGGGAGGGCAGGCAUGCGUCAAAGGGAUGGUGCGGAUGAGACUUGAUAACGUGUAAAUGUAUAUAUACGGUAUGCGGCUCAGGAGCUUUUGGCAUAAGCGUUGUCCCCUGCUCGAGGGGCAAGGC